AUGCCCACAAACAUCAAUGAAAUAUUUCCUCCAAUCACAUUGGAACGAGUAGUGCCACUCCGAACUUACUCCAUCGAAUGUCAAACGUGCACCGACUGUAAACUUCCAAUUGGUGGAACUGGAACCACAGCAGUGGCGGCAACAACCUGUGAUGAAUGCCGCCUUGUUAUUACAUUCACUAAGGGGAAGACAAGCAAAAUCGAUGCCCAUUGCAUUGCCACGGGUGACGUAUGUGACUAUGGUAUUUCAAAAAAUUCCGAUCAAUCCACAGUCGUAGCGGCCUGCUGUGACACCGACAACUGUAACACUGUGCCAGCAUUUGCAGGAAAACUUUUGUACACAAGCUUUUCGCUGUUCACUCCAAUCUUUACUACAGCAUAUUUUCUUAAAUUAGUAGCUUACUCUAAAUACGGGUUCAAGAAGAAACAUCUCCACGUGGUAUACCUCACUACAAAUGACAACAGCAUCUGUGGAAUAGCUUGCCAUUUGUUUAAACUCAACAUGGUUGCAUUCAUAAUGAAAUUGUCCUUUUCGGGUCGACAGUUCUUUUGUUUCAUUGGUUGCAUUGAACCACGGAAACAAAUGCGUCUACGGUUUUCCGAUAGCUCUAGUCCCGCACUGCCAAAAUGUUUGACCUUAAGAAAGACACUAAACUUCACCUCCGUGAGACGAAUAGCUGCGGUCAACCGUGACUGCAAAAUUUUUCAUCAACAGGCC